UGGUAAGAGAAGUUCCUGGGUUAUGUCGUUGUCAACGCAGGUGGUGUUUUCCUUUCAGGACUAGCCUCCUGCGUGUUCAUGUAGGAUUUCAUUACUUUAUUAAAAGAUAGUAUGCCGGGUGCAGACAAAGAGACGGACCUUUCCGAACGCAUAGAGGCGUUCCUCGCUGAGCUGAAACGUGGUGGAAGUGGGGCAGGACCUCUUCGAGGUGCUGGAGAGACAGCUAGAGAAACCACAGCCCUGUUGCGGAGGAUCACCGCUCAAGCACGAUGGAGCAGUGCUGGGGAUCUGAUGGAGAUCAUACGCAAAGAGGGGACGCGUAUGACAGCUGCUCAGCCCUCCGAGACCACAGUUGGCAACAUGGUGCGCAGAGUGCUGAAGAUCAUUAGGGAGGAGUAUGCCAGAUCUCGAGGGAGUAGUGAGGAGGCCGAUCAGCAGGAUUCCCUCCACAAACUGCUCACAUCCGGAGGACUGAGUGAUGACAACUUUAGACAACACUUCCCAUCACUUAAGGCCAAUGUCAUCGAAGCCAUCAAUGAACUCUUGACAGAAUUGGAGGGAACUACAGACAACAUUGCCAUGCAAGCUCUGGAGCACAUCCACUCCAACGAGGUCAUCAUGACUAUUGGACGUUCUCGCACCGUGGAGGCCUUCCUAAAAGACGCGGCCAGGAAGCGUAAAUUUCACGUCAUCGUGGCAGAGUGCGCUCCUUUCUGUCAGGGUCACGAGAUGGCUACAAGUCUUUCUAAAGCUGAUAUUGAAACAACAGUCAUUGCAGAUGCUGCCAUAUUUGCUGUAAUGUCUCGAGUAAAUAAGGUCAUCAUUGGUACCCAGACUGUGCUGGCUAACGGGGGGCUUCGUGCGGUUAAUGGCACUCACACGUUGGCACUGGCUGCUAAGCACCACUCCACGCCUCUCAUCGUGUGCGCUCCAAUGUUCAAGCUCUCACCACAGUUUCCUAACGAAGAAGACACUUUCCACAAGUUUGUGUCACCACAUGAAGUUUUGCCUUUCACUGAAGGCGAGAUUCUCUCCAAGGUGAACGUCCACUGUCCCGUGUUUGACUACGUGCCGCCUGAGCUCAUCACCCUUUUCAUCUCCAACAUUGGUGGGAACGCUCCCUCAUACAUCUACCGUUUAAUCAGUGAGCUCUACCACCCUGAGGACCAUGACUUAUGAGACAUGUAAAUAAAAAAUAAAAAACAACACGGCCGGCACAUAUAA